AUGUUAUGGUUAGCGAUGACGGACUGGUCUCCUAACACAAAUGAUGUGAAAACAUUUUUUAAUUUAAAUCAACAUAUUGAAACAUUACGUUUAACAUCAAUUCUAGGCGAUGAUGGUCGAUUUUUAUUUUAUUUGGGACCAAUACAAGAUAUACAUGAAUCAAGUAUAAGUGUGGAAGAAAAUGAACGUAAUUCUACACUACAGAAUUUAUAUGAUAAACUGAAGCAACAAUGUGAUAUUGAAAAAGCCUAUUUAUACCGUUGUGUUGAUACAGCACAAUCACAAUUGCUACAGAAAACGCAAGAAAAUAAUCGAAUUAAAUCAAUCUCAGCGGGAAAACAAGAAAAAAAUAAUGCAUUAAAAUUGAUAUUACGACGAAAGACAGAAGAAAAUCGUCGAUUACAAAAAGAAACAAUUAACGCAUCAAUGAAAAAAAAGACAACUGUUUUGCUUUGGCGUCAGAGGGCACUUUUACCAAUUUUAAAUAUAUAUAGAUUAUUGACAACAUUAUUGAAAAUAUUACUAAUUAAUAAAAAACAAUUUAUUAAAACACAUUUAGAUGUAAAUCGAAUGUAUAUUGUCGUAAUGACAUCUUUUGUUUCAAUUAAUACUUUGGCCAAAAUGUCUGUUCCCACAACAACACAAAUAACCAGUUUACUGGAUAAAAUGACAUCAAAUGAUAAGGAUUUUCGAUUUAUGGCUACAAAUGAUUUGAUGGCAGAUUUACAAAAAGAAUCGAUUAAAUUAGAUGAUGAUAGUGAACGACGUAUUGUUAAAGGUGUAUUAAAAUUACUAGAAGAUCAUAAUGGUGAAGUACAAAAUCAAGCUGUGAAAUGUUUGGGACCAUUAGUAUGUAAAGUGAAAGAAAAUCAAAUCGAAGUUGUUAUCGAUACAUUAUGUACAAAUAUAUUUAGUAAUAAUGAACAAUUACGAGACAUAUCAAGUAUCGGUUUAAAAACUGUUAUCAACUCAUUAGCUUUUUUGCAUACAUCAACAAUGGCAACAAAUAUAAGUAGAAAAAUAAUGAGUCGUUUAAUUAGUGCCAUACAACGUGAAGAACAACAACAACAAGGUAGUAUGAGUGCAGAUGAUUUGAAUAAAAAUAACAUGUCUUAUUCAUUGUUUUAUCCUAAAAUAGGUCAACAAACAACGAAAAGUGGUAGUGGAGCAACAGGAGCAGAUACAUCGAUUAUGAUUGGAAAUGGUGGACAAAAUCAGUUAGAAAUUUUAGAUAUAAUUAGUGAUAUGUUAGCACGAUUUGGCUCAAACUUAUCAUCCUUUCAUUUACAACUGAAACAAAUCUUGCUUAAUCAUUUGAAUUCAUCACGUUCGGCUGUUCGAAAACGUGUUACAAACUCAUUAAGCUAUUUAUUAUCAUCGUGUAACAUUCAAUUGUUCAACGAAGUUUUAACAAUAAUAUUAGACGAAUUAAAACGUAAACCAUCGUCAGCCAGCAAAAAAAUACCAUCGUCUUCAUCGACAAAUAACAAUAUGACAAAAACAUAUAUUCAAGCGUUAACAUCAAUAUGUCGUUUGGCAUCACAACGUUUAAGUGAUCAUAUGCGUGAUGUUAUUGAAAUAACCGUAUCUUAUAUUGAUAAUAGCUCUAAUUCUCAACAACAACAGGACGACGAAUUGAUUGAAUAUUCUUUACAAGCUAUUGAAACAUAUUUAAAACGUUGUCCGAAAGAAACAAAUGAAUAUGUACCAAAAAUAAUUGAUUUGUGUUUAAGAUAUAUUAAAUAUGAUCCAAACUGGAAUGAUCAAGAUGAUGAAGAUGAAGGUAAGUUUUCGUUAUCUUUAUUUCAAAAAAUGAGUAACAAUAAUGCAGAUGUAGAUGAAGAAGAUGAUAGCGAACAAGAUGACAAAGGCCAAGAUGAUUAUUCGGAUGACGAUGACGUUUCCUGGAAAGUUCGUCGAGCAUCAACAAAAUGUUUGGAAUCUGUUAUUAUUACACAUCAUGAAAUGCUAAAUGCUUAUUAUAAACAAAUUGUACCAGUAUUAAUUGAACGUUUCAAUGAGCGAGAAGAUACGGUUAAAGGCGAUAUAUUUCAUUGUUUUAAUACAAUAUUACAACAAACAAAAGCCUAUUAUUCACAUUCAGCAACUAACGAGCAAUUGUCAAUUGAGCCCACUGACGAUAGUAUGGAUACGGAUGUUGUUAGUGAUGAAAAAGAUCAAAAUCCAAUUGUACAAUUAAAAUAUUAUAUACCAGCAAUUGUUAAAUCAUUAUCAAAAAUAAUGAAAGAUAAAAAUACAAAAAAUCGUGAAAAUGCUUUUAUUGUUCUAACAAAUCUUGUUCAUGUUCAACAUAAUUUAUUGAGUGAACAUAUCGAUGUUAUUUUACCAAAUACAUCAUAUUCUCUAUCAACUGGUGCUAGUACAAGUAGCACAAAAUCAAUAAAGUCAAAUAAAACGAACGCAACUCUAACAUCGUCAGCAGCAAAAACAGCCACACAUUCAAAUUUAAAAAUAACGGCUUUAACGUUUUUAUAUUCACUGUUACAAUCUCAUGAUGAUACAACAAAAUUUCAUAAACAUAUUAAAACGAUGUUACCGCUCAUUAUUUUACAUGCCAAUGAUCCAUUUUACAAAAUAGCUUCGGAAGCUUUACUUGUACUACAACAAUUCAUUAAAAUAAUAAGACCAAAUGAAACGAUGAUUAAUCAGGAUUUUAAACAGUAUGUCAAUGAAAUAUAUCAAUGUACACAAAAACGAUUGAAACAAACAGAUAUUGAUCAAGAAGUUAAAGAACGGGCGAUUACAUGUUUUGCUCAUGUCAUUGCUUAUUUAGGUGAUUUACUUCCUGCCGAUUUACUUAAUUCAUGUUGGCCCCUACUCGAGGAACGUUUGAAAAAUGAAAUAACACGUUUGCCAACCGUUCGUGCAUUAACAAAAAUCAUUGAAUCACCUUUACGUCUUGAUUUACAACCGGUGCUUGUUUCAACAAUUCCAGUAUUAUCAUCUUAUCUAAGACAAAAUCAUCGUACAUUAAAAAUGAAUACAUUAACAUGUUUGACUUCAAUUGUGAAUUAUUAUUAUCCGGUUAAAUAUUUAACAAAUGAUUUAAUAUGUACAAUCAUCGUUGAAAUUCCAAAUUUAGUUACAGAAAAUGAUCUAUUAAUAUCACAAUUAGCAUUGAAAUUAAUGACUGUUAUCUCUAUUAAACAACAGGCAAUCGAUAAACAAACGAUUCAGUUAACUCUAACGCAAGUUCUAACGUUAAUACAAUCACCAUUAUUACAAGGUACAGCAUUAGAUUCGGUUAUUGAAUUUAGUCAAGCAUUAGUGCCUAAAACGAUACCCUAUAAAGAUUUUGUUAAUAUGCUAAUUAAACCGAUAUAUCAGCCUAUUCCAACAAGCAGCGUUCAACCACCAUCAUCAUCAUCAUCCUCAACAGCCACAGUAUUAGGACAUGAUUUACAAAAUUCAUUAGUUGUACAUAAACAAGCAUUUUAUUCAAUAGCUAAGUGUUUUGCCGCUGUAACAGUAAAAAAUAUAAACGAAGGACAACAUUUCAUCAAUAAAUUUCAAGAUGAUUUAAACAAUCAGAAAACGAGUGAUUCGAUCAAAAUUUUAGCAUUAUUAUGUCUUGGAGAAACUGGCAAGCAUACAGAUUUGGUUCAAUCAUCAUCAAAUUUACAACAAAUUAUUUUGGAUACAUUUUCAUCAUCAUCUGAAGAAUUGCGUAAUGCUGCUUCAUAUGCAUUAGGCUAUAUUGGCAUUCGUAAUUUAGAUAAACAUAUACCAUUUAUUUUAAAUGAAAUAACAACAAAUCAAUCAAAAAAACAAUAUUUAUUAUUACAUUCAUUAAAAGAAAUCAUUACCUAUCAUAGUCAUACUCAAAAUGAUAAUUAUAAAUUGUUACGUCCAUAUAUCAAUGAUAUUUGGUCAGCAUUAUUUGCUCACUGUGAAUGUUCUGAAGAAGGUACACGAAAUGUUGUUGCCGAAUGUUUAGGUAAAUUAACGUUAUUGGAACCAGAAAAAUUAUUGCCAAUAUUACGUGAAAGUUUUCUAAAAAAUCAAACUGACGAUAAAGCACAUGUACGUAGUACAAUAUUAACAGCAGUCAAAUUUACAAUACUAGAUCAACCGCAACAUAUUGACAAUAUUUUACGUUUAUAUAUUAAAGACUUCUUAAAUGCAUUGGAAGAUCCUAAUAUUCAUAUUAAACGUGUAGCAUUAGUCUUGUUCAAUUCAGCUGCUCAUAAUAAACCGGUGUUAAUUCGUGAUCUAUUAAAAGAUAUUUUAUUAGAAAAAUUAUAUCAAGAAACAAAAGUUCGUCCGGAAUUAAUUCGUGAAGUUGAAAUGGGUCCAUUUAAACAUACUGUUGAUGAUGGUUUAGAUUUACGUAAAGCUGCUUAUGAAUGUAUGUACACACUGUUGGAUACUUGUUUAGAUAAAUUAGAUAUAUUUGAAUAUUUAAAUUAUGUUGAAAAUGGUCUAAAUGAUCAUUAUGAUGUGCGUAUGUUAACAUUUUUAAUGGUCAUUCGUAUUAGUGUUUUAAUGCCAAAUAUUGUUCUACAACGUCUGGAACGUUUAAUUGCACCAUUAAAAAAAAUAAUUGAUACAAAAAUAAAAGCUAAUAGCGUUAAACAAGAAUUUGAAAAACAUGAUGAAUUAAAACGUGCAGCGAUAAAAUCAUUUUUAGCAUUACAACAAAUUAAAGAUGCUGAUAAAUCAACGGCUGUUGCUGAUUUUUUAAAUUUUAUUAAAGCAUCAUCGGAACAUAAUCAAAUGUAUGAAUAUGUACAACAUGAACAACAGCAACAAACAAUUAUAAACACGAAUAAUAAUUCGGCAGAAAUGAUGGAUCUUUCUUAA